AUGUACGUUGGUGGUAGUCAUCAGUUUAUUGAAGCUCGACCAUCUCAAUUCUUUACGGAGCUACAAAAUCAGUUGCCGGUAAGUUUGUAUGGUCAAAGAAUUUCUUACAAGCCCCCUUUUGAUGAGAUUGAGGAUAGAAGAGUGUUAACAAAUAGUAAUGGGAGUUUUAAAAAGAUGUGUGAUACUACACAUUGGACCAAGGCAAUUGAUAUAUUUGUUGUAGGUGAUAUUGAGAGAUAUGAAAACGAGAGUGUGGAGAAUGAGAGAGAUGAGACACAUAUGGAUGGUAUUGAGAGAGAUGAGAACGAGAGAGUGCAAAAUGAGAGAUAUGAGACUGAGAGAGUGGAGAAUGAGAGGGUGCAAAAUGUGAGAGUUGAGCAUCAGUUUGCAGAGGAAGCAAGAGUAGAAAGAAAUGUGGCGGAUUUUAUUGAUGAAGAGAUUGAUGAGUAUGCUACACCUGUCUGCUCGGAUGAUGAUCAAGAUCAUGACAAGAAACUUGAUUAUUUCACAUACAAGAAAGGCAGUGGUGAGUUGAAGUUAGAACAAGCUUUUUACAGUCUAGAUGCUUUCAAGAAGGCUAUAUUAGAGUAUGUGUUAAAGCAUGGAUGGAAUGUGAAAUACACUCGUUGGGACAAAGACAUAUCAGAGCGCUUGAAAUCAUCCAAGAGGAGCAUGACUCACAAUUUACAAAGCUCAGAAACUACUGCCUUGAGCUAUUACGAUUCCGCGGAAGAGGUGAAUGCAGUUUCCAUGACUGUGAUAUUGACUGUUUUAGCUCAAAAUGGAUCUGAAGAAGGACCUGUACUAUUCAUUAGAAUGGUAGAAGGUGUAGAUAUUGAUGCACAUGUAGCUUCAGCUGUUCUUGGACUUUCGUUUGUUGAUACUUCUUUAGGUCUAGACAAGCUUGCGCGAUGCAAAAAAGUCCAUGGAACAGAGCACUACGACUCAUUGCCCAUUAAACUCGACUGCUUUGUUUGGCAUGCACUGGUUGGUGCUUGUAACUUUCAUGGUGACACUGAGAUGGGGAAAUUUGCAGCUGAAAAGCUGAGUCACUUAGCACCAGAUAGCUCAGCCACUUAUACUCUGAAGGAGAGGGCCGAGGAGAAUUAG